AACGUAGUGUAAUCUAUCCGGUUGCAGUUUAGAUCAGCUGUUCCCUCUAGGUAACUGCGGAAGCUUUACAGCUCAUACCCAGCUGUGGGAGUGAACAACACUGAUGAAACUGGCGUUCUGUAUGAUAGUGGAGCUGGGCGGCUACGGUGGAGGCUAGCGGAGAUUAAAAGGAAUAACAUCAUUCAGCGGCAACAACGUCAAAAGAAGAAGAAUGGAUUUGUUUACAUUACUGAAUUUGGACGAACUGUCGCUUGGACUGUCCAAUCUACAAAUGUUCCCCUUCUUUGAGACAGCUCAUUAUAUUAUAUCAGUGAUGGCACUCCGUGAACAACCAGGGGUGUUGGAGGUCGCCCACCGGAGCCCAUUUGCUUGCUGGUAUAGUUCGAUGCUCUUCUGCUUUGGGGGAGCCAUUUUGUCUGGUUUGAUGCUGGCUGAGCCCCCUGUGGCCCCACUCUCCAAUACCACCAGUGUGCUGCUGGCCUCCCUGAUGUGGUAUCUGGUGUUCUACAGCCCUCAGGAUCUUAUGUACUCUUGUGCAUCCAUAGCACCUGUAAGGCUGGUGCUGGCUGGAAUGAAAGAGGUGACUCGGACUUGGAAAGUUCUGGGGGGUGUAGUCCAAGCCCAGAAGAAGUAUGAGAAUGGACUGUUGGUGAUGAUUGCAGUGGGCUGGGCCAAAGGUGCAGGUGGUGGACUGAUCAGUAACUUUGAGCAGCUUGUUCGUGGGAUCUGGAAACCUGAGACCAAUGAGCUCCUGAGAAUGACCUAUCCAACCAAGAUAACCCUGAUUGGAGCAGUAUUGUUCGCCCUACAACAGAAUCACUAUUUACCCCUGAAGAAGCACCAUCUGAUGUUAAUCUACACCAUCUUCACUGUCAUUAACAAGGCAAGGAUGAUGUUGACUGGAUCUUCUUCCUCACCGUUUGCUCUCAUGGAGUCUGCUAUGUAUCACAUGUUCUUUGCUCGUCCAGCAGCCUACUCCCCUCUAGCUGAGGAGGGUUCACAGGCCCAACUCCAUUCAUCUAAAACCCCUAGUGCCCACUGUGACGACCCCAAGAGCUCUGUGCAACCUGACGCAGACAGUAGCCCUUCUCAUGAGUCCAAGCUCCAGAAGAGGAACUCAACCAAUGCAAAGAAGGUAGACCAGGAGGUAGGGAAGGAUCCAAAGUGUGACAAGAAAACAGACUGAUUAAUGGACAUUCCCAUCCUUUCCUAUUUUUUGACCAUAUAUCUAUAUUCAAUGAUUCAUAAGUUAAUUGUAUGACACAGGAUGAUAUUGUAAUAUAUUUUCAUAUUUAUAAUGAAAUCACAGGAUUUUUACUACUGCUUCAAUGCAUUGGUAUUUUAAAGGAUUUUGAUGAAAAACUGUUCCUGGUUAUAAAUUACCCUUUUAUUUGUUUAAUUUAUUUUAUGUUUGUGUGAGACGGUUAUGAUUUUAUAAGAGAUUAACAUACUUAUAUACUGUAUAUUUUAUAACAUUUAUACACAAGAAAAAAUGUCUGCAUGGCAGAAUUUCUACUGCAGUGAAUGUAGCAUCCCACAAUCAGUGAAUGAAAUGCAAUCAAUGAAUGGAGUAAAUUCAGUUGCACUUUAAA